CUGCUUUUCCGUAACAAACCUCUAGAAUCACCAUCGUCUGAAGUUCUGUCUCAUUCCCACAACUGGACCUCAGAAAUGUACAACAGCAACUACUCCCGAGCCACGUUAGGACUGGAGGCGAAGCAAAUUAACAAGGCCAAGGGGAAAAGCUGCGGCUACUACAUGAGGAUCGUCUUCUUCUUCUCCUCUCUGAUCCAGUCGCUCAUCAUCGCCAGCUUGGUGCUCUUCCUCGUGUACGGCCAGCCGGAGAAGACCGCCGAGGAGAAGAGGGUGGAAGAGCUAGAGAUGGCCUUCAACAAGCUCUCCACGGACAACACCAAACUUAGAAAAGACAAAGCUGACCUCACCAGUGCCCUCAAAGCAAAGACUGGAGAGAAGGAUGCGGCGGAUAAAGAGAUAGCAAAGCUGAAAAAUGACUUGAACUCAACAGCAAUCAGGGGCAGUAACUUACAGAAGUUACUUAGUGCUUGUGAGGCCAGUAAAAUGAAGCUGUCAAGCACUCGAAAUACUCCACUUCCAUGUCCACCAAGCAACAACAAUCAGAACGGUGAAAUAAAAACUCUAAAUACUCUUCUGGAACAGCAGAGAGUUCUAUAUGGAAUCCUUAAGAGUAACUUUAGCCAGACGGUGGAGUACCUUAAAGCUGACUUGGACAAUGCGGUGAAGGAUAAAAACGAACACCAUAGCCAGGUCAUACAGCUGAGACAAGAAAAUAUGAAUUUGAAAUCCCAGCUCGAUGUCUACACCAAGAAAUGCAAGGAAGACUUUGCAGAUUCCCUCCAAGGCAUCCAAACGGUCACAAGCACCUUCCUGACCAAAAUCGACAGCUUCUUCACCAACUCGGUCACGUUUCACCUCACCUGUCCGAAACAGGAAGAACAGAUGGAAAGGAUUCGCUCUAACUGCUCCAGCCUCUCUCGACAAGUUGAGGACAAGUUUCAGAGCUACUUGGACAAUGUUGGAGCGAAGGUGUCAGACAUUCAAAAACAGAGCAGUCGGUUGGAAGUACAGAACGCCGGAUUGAAUUCAGAACUGGAUAAGUGCAAAACGGACCGGGAGAAAGUGGCUACGGAGAGCAGCAAAAAGCUGCAGGACUCCCAACAGAAAUAUGACAAGCAACUGGAGCAGCUUCUCAAAGAGCAAAAGAGACUGAGGGACUCCAAAGAACUACUAGAAUCCCAGCUUGCUGUGAAGGACGCCACCCUUAUAUCUCUGCAAAACGGCUGUGUACAACAGCCCAAACCUGCUGGUCUUCAACCCCCUGGCAUAGCCAGCUAUUACCCCCCCGUACCUGGUAGGGGCCAUUAACCACUAAAGGCUGGGUGUGGAGAAGGGAAUGAUCUGAAUCUCAAGGCCGGAUUCUGAGUUUCUGAGCGUCUUAUGUGCGGGAGUUUCCUAAUUUUGAGCCUGUGAUCUUUUUUGUAAAUAAUUUUGUCACAUUGUAUAGUUGUAUUUAAGCAUAAUGGCCUGUGAACUUGCAUGACAUGAUGUACUGAGGUCUGAUUCAAUUAUUUAGAGUAGCGCAGACCUAAAAAUGUGAGAUUGCCUUUCCUACAAGCACACAAUUAAUAUAAAAUACAAAUUUUUAUCAGUUGUUAAAUAUUGAAAGAAUCAGAUUCUGUGAAGCUUCUACAUGUGCUGUGAUGUAUAUAGUAUUUUUUACAAAUUAGGUAAAAAAAAAUUCAGUGAUUACUUGUUUAAACAAGUUUUUUAUACGUUAAUUUGACUGUUUUGAAUAAAUAAAUAGGCAUAAAAAUAAACUCCCGUUUCCUUU